UUCUCUCUCUGUUUCUCUAUUUCUUUCCAUUUCCUUCUUUGUUGAAGAGAGAGAGAGAGAGAGGUGGAGAGAGAGAUGGGCGAGGAAGAGGAGGCUGAUAUCGAACGCCUCCCUGUCGACCUCCUUGCUCAUAUCUUCUUCCUCAUCUCUUCCUUCAGAGAUUUGGCCCAGGCGAGCGGGGUUUGUAGGAAAUGGAGACAAGGGGUGAAUCAGUCGCUGGCGAGGAAAGAGAGGCUGAGCUUUGCUGGUUGGACGAUGGAUGAGGAUUCAACCGCCCGCCUCGUUCACCUUGCCUUCUCCCUCAAAGAGCUCGACAUUUCACGGCGCUGUUGGGGCUGCCAAAUAACAGAUGACGGACUGUACAAAAUAUCUUUGGCAAAGUGUGUCGGCAAUCUGACAUCAAUAUCCCUGUGGGGUAUGACAGGGAUCACAGACAAAGGCGUAGUUCAGCUGGUUUCAAGAGCUACUUCCGUACAAAACCUCAAUGUUGGUGGUACAUUUAUUACUGAUGAAUCCUUAUUUGCAAUUGCAAAUAAUUGUCCACAUUUGAAGGCUAUUGUCUUGUGGAGCUGUCGCCAUGUCACUGAAUGUGGCCUCAUCGCACUUGUAAAUAAAUGCCGGAAGCUUGAAUCGAUCAACGUAUGGGGAAUGAGAGUUCCCGUGGACUGUUUCAUUGGUUUGCUUGCGAUAAGUCCCGCUCUCCAGAUAAAACCUGGAGGCCUGCAUCCCAACAUUGGCAAUUUCACUUUGGUAAGGUGAAAUUAAUUUGUUCAUAUGGUCUAUUGUCCAUAGACAUUGUUAUAUGAUUUUCUUUUCUUGUUUUAUCAACUUUGUAUUGUUGCAUUGUUGGAUGAAUCAUGUGCUUUGUAUAUUUGAAUAAGAAAUAAAACGAUGCACCUGUUAUCUUUCUAGAAA